AUGUCAAAUUUAUAUAGUUCACCAUUGGAAAACACGCCUAACGCGCGUGAAUACAUCGACAUCAUGGUCGAGAUACGCAAGUUUACCUCCGACUUGGAGGAGUACACGCCAAUUAUCGUCGCUUUUGGUGAUCAGAGCUCAGGUAAGAGCUCUCUUAUGCAACGGUUGACCGGCGGGAUACCGGUGCCAAGGGGAAGUGGUCGAUGCACAACAACACCAUUUGAGAUCAGAAUGUUGCAAUCUGAAACUCCAAAGAGUAAAAUUUCUCUCCGCUACGUCGAAGACAGUCUACAAACAAGGGUUCCUUCACGUGAAGUUGAAUUCGCCGAUAUACUGGGUCUAAGCAAUCCUGAAGUUGAAGCAAAACUCCGAGAGGCGCAAAGAUAUCUUCAAAAUCCAAGUAUCAGAGACGUUCAUACAACAAGUCUGCCAACUGAUGACUCGGAUGAGUUGAAGUUCACAAGAAAUACUGUUUGUGUUACCAUCGAGCAUCCUAAGAUUGAAUAUUCCUUGGAUAUGGUUGAUUUACCAGGAAUUGUCCGUGAUAAUGAAGCAAACGAAAAAUUUGUGGUUAGCCUUGUUAGGGAAUACAUCGCGAAGGAGAACACCAUACUCCUUCCAAUUUUCGCAUCAAAUGUUGAUAUAGCCACUCAGAGUGCAUGGCGUUUGGCUCGGGAAGCCGAUCCGAUGGGUUUGAGGACAGUCGGAAUCAUUACCAAGAUCGAUCAAAUUCUCGACUACACAUAUCAUGAGGAUAGACACAAAGAACUUGCUUCCCUGGUUAGUGGUAGAGGUGAACACACCAUAAAAAACGGGAUGUUCAUCAUUAGAAAUCCAUCGGAUGCGGCAAGCGACAGAGCCGUGAGCCCUGGGGAUCUAGAGGUCGCUGCGAUAGAUAGUCUGUUGCAGAAUCGAAUAUGGAGAAAUGUUCCUCGAAACCGGUUUGGAUUACCGAAUUUGAUCAUGAAGUUAAGUGAACUUCAAAAAGUGCUACAAGAAAAGACGUGGCCCAGGAUUAAACUAUUUUUGGAACGGCGAAAGUCUGAGCUUGAAGAUAAAUUGCAAUUAUUACCACCACCACCGGAUGGCAACCCUGUUAAACGAUUCAUGGAACUCAUCAGUAAAUUCGACAAAGAAUUCUCAAGUCAAACGAACACGGAUCACUUAGAGCCACGUUUGUACCGAGGCCAACAAUGGAACUUCGGACAAUUCGACGUGGCACUUCUAAAUACUCGACCAAUUUAUAAUUUCUCAUUUAUAGGUUCAUAUUCUACAGAAACCUUCGAUCCAAUAAAACCGGGUGCAUUGCAAUAUUCCGAAUGGACCGAAAAUAUGCGCAGAGAGAUUGAGGCGGAAGAAUGGGGUUCGAGUUUCCAUCAGGAUAAUCAUCAGUACACCUGGGAUCUAGAAAAACUUUGCGAAGUCGUACAAAGAGCUCACGGCGGACAACUAGUGGGCUAUUUUCCUUACAAGGCAGUGGUCAACAUUGUCGAAAAGCAUAAAAAAGAUUGGUUUAAGAUUUCUCAGAAGCUGCUAUAUAAGAAUUAUGAAUGGGUUGCCAAUUUCACGGAUGAAUUAGUUGAGGAAACGUUCAAGGAAUUCUCUAAUGCCAUAAAAAAAAUCAAAGAGGUCUUAAGAGAACUGCUCAAGAAAUAUAAGGAUGAAACGUUGGGUCAUCUUGAACAUUUUAAAAAUAUGGAAUCUAUGUCCGCGAACCGAUCUUUGUAUACGACUGAUGAAGCAACCCUUAUUAAAAAACAGAAAAAAUAUCAUAUGCAAUUACGUGUAUUAUGUGCGACAUCCGCUCAAGACCAGGAACAAUCGAGAAAAAUAUUAGCUGCGAUUUCUGGAUUAUUGGAGAUGAUGCAAGAUAAUAACACACCAGCAGAAUCAUUAGAACUUACAAAAAAUUAUUUGAUAGAAGAAAUUAGAAAAACAGGUUCACUGGACAGUGCAUCUCAACAACUAAUUGAGGAGGUUAAAAGUGCAAGGAUCGGUGGGGAAAAUGUUUCAACAGCCACAUUAUCCAUGAUCCAUGCCGUGAAGAAUUCGUAUGUGGAUAAGAUGAUUGGAAUUGUCCCCAGAACAACGGAUCACGAAGAAAAUAAGGCGAUAUUAAAUAAUAAUACCAACGAACAAGCUUUCCUUGCAGCAACUGGUGCAUUGGCGUAUUGGAAGAUGCUGCAUUCACGAUUUCGUGAGACUAUUCCACGUGUAGUAGAAUAUUACCUUGUAUAUCGAUUUGCCGGUGAUCUCGGCAACUAUCUCCGGGAAUGCUUUAGUGCCGCCCCUGAAAUCGAAAGCGACUCAGAUAUGUUCGACAGAAACCGAUCAAUGGAUCUUAACGAGCUGUUAGGUGAGGAUCCCGAAAAUGCGAUAAAACGCAGAAAGUGGAUGGACGAUCUUGACACAUUGAAUAGGAUAAUCGAUAAGAUUGGAAGGAUCGGUAGAUGCGAUUAA